AUGUCUUUCUUCAAGAAGAUCGCCAAGGAGUUUGAGAACCUUGGAAUCGGCGACAAGAAGGAGGAACAGCAACAGCAGCAGCCUCCUCAGCAGCAGCCUCCUCAGCAGCAGCCUCACGACGGUAACCGCGCCUACGGCGACAACGGAUACGCAUCUCCUCCUCCCCAGCAGCAGUACGGCGGCGCGCCCGGAUACGGUGCUCCUCCCCAGCAGUACGGUUCGCCCGCUCCUCAGGGAUACGGCGCUCCCUCUCCUCAACAAUACGGCUCGCCUGCUCCUCAGCAGCAAUACGGUGCCCCUCCUCCCCAACCGGCCUACCAACCUCCUUCCGAUCGUCCUCCUCUGCCUCAGGGCUGGACUGCUCAGUUCGACCAAAACUCCCAGCGAUGGUACUACGUUGAGCAAGCUACCGGUCGCACCCAGUGGGAGGCUCCUCAGGCUCAGCAUGCUCCUCCUCCUCCUCCCCCGGACUCUCGUCCUCCUUAUGAGUCUCAGCCUUCUGAUGGAUCUCGCGGCUACGGUGGUGCUCCUGGUGGCUAUGGAUCCCCAGCACCCGGUGGAUACGGUUCUCCAGCUCCUGGUGGCUAUGGUGCUCCUGCUCCUGGUGGCUAUGGCUCUCCUGCUCCUGGUGGCUAUGGUGCUCCCUCUCCCUACGGAGCUCCUGGCGGUUACGGAUCGCCUGCUCCAGGUGGUUACGGUGCCCCCUCACCCUACGGUGCCCCUCAGGGUCAGUACGGCGCUCCCCAGGGCCAGUACGGUGCUCCUCAGGGCCAGUAUGGUCAGGAGGGUGACCGCGGUUAUGGUGACAACAGCAAUAACCCCUACCCUCAAGGAGAGAAGAAGAAGAGUGGCAGCUCCGGUAUGCUCCUCGGUGCCGCCGGUGGUCUCGCACUUGGUGCUGUAGGUGGUGCCCUGAUUGCCAAUGAGCUCAACGACAGCGAUAGCGAUCAUGAGCACCACGCCGCUGCCGCAGCUGCUCCCGCAGCUGCUGCCCCUGUUGAGCAACAACCUCAAGUCAUCAACAACUACUACGGUGCUCCACCAGAGGAUCCAUAUGCCGAUCCUUACGCCCAGGAUGGCCCACCUGGUGUGCUGCCUACUCACGAUGCGGAUGGUAACUCUGUCUCGUCCAGUGACCGUGAGGAGGUGCAAGAAGCUCGUGAAGAGUACGAAGAGGCCAUGGCCAAGGCUGCCGACUCGGACGCCAGCAGUAGUGACAUCGAGGCCGCUGAAGAGGCUCGUGAGGAGUACGAGGAAGUUUACGAGGAGGUGUAUGAGGAUGAAUAA